CUCUCUCUUUCUCUCUCUUGCAUUAUAUAAAGACUUGUCUGAGACAACUUUUGCUUCACUUGUCGUCCUUUUCAUCAAAACAAAAUUCUGGUUGGAAACCCAAGAAAUGGGUUUCUUGUUCAAAGCCUGCUCAUUUCUCUCUCUGUUUUUGUUAAUAACUCAUCCCCAUUUAACAGCUACAAAAGCUGCGAGUUUCAACACUACCUUCUUCAAUAACACUGCCGACAGUGUAUUCAGUACCAGGAAGUUACUUGCAAGCAAAUGCAAUUGGUUCAGGGGAAAAUGGGUUUAUGAUUCUUCCUACCCUCUCUAUGAUUCUUCAACCUGUCCUUUCAUAGAUUCAGAAUUCAACUGCCAAAAGAAUGGUCGUCCUGAUACAAACUAUCUCAAGUAUAGGUGGCAACCCUUCUCAUGCUACUUACCCAGGUUUAAUGGGUUGUAUUUCUUGGAGAAAUGGAGAGGGAAGAAGAUUAUGUUCGUGGGUGACUCACUGAGUCUAAACCAAUGGCAAUCUUUAACAUGUAUGCUUCAUGUUUGGGUGCCUAAUUCAAAGACUACAGUCAUAAGGAAAGAUGGGCUAUCUUCAGUCACAUUUGAGGAAUAUGGAGUGACGAUACUACUCUAUCAAGCACCAUUUCUAGUAGAUCUUGUUAACGACAAGGAUGGAACAAUUUUGAAGCUCGACUCCAUAUACGGUGGCAGGGCAUGGGCUGGGAUGGACAUGUUGAUCUUUAACACCUGGCACUGGUGGACUCACACUGGAAGAACCCAACCAUGGAGUUACAUGCAAGAGGGUAAUAAAAAGUACAAAGAUAUGAACCGUCUGAUUGCAUUUUACAAAGGACUCACUACUUGGGCUAGAUGGGUCGACCGAACUGUUGAUCCUUCUAAAACCAAGGUCUUCUUCCAAGGCAUAUCUCCCACUCACUACGACGGGAAGGAUUGGAAUCAACCCACAAAGUCAUGUACAGGGGAAACACAGCCAUUCUUUGGAACGAGCUACCCAGCAGGCACACCAAUGGCUUGGGUUGUUGUUAACAGGGUAUUGAGUAGGAUUAAAAAACCAGUCUACUUGCUAGAUGUGACCACCCUCUCACAAUAUCGAAAAGAUGCUCACCCAUCUGCUUAUAGUGGAGACCACAAGGCAGAUUGCAGCCAUUGGUGUUUGCCUGGAUUGCCUGAUGCCUGGAACCAGCUCUUAUAUGCAGCUCUCUUCACUUGACAUUUUCAUUAAUUAAUUAGGAUUAUUAAUAAUCUUUCAAAGGCCGUUGAUUAUUUUAGAUGAUCAUUAAUUAUUUAUAUGAUAGGGGUCUCCUUGCUAUUUUUCUUGUGUAAGUGGACAAUAAGAGGGGAAGGAGUGGAGUAUUGGUGUUUCAACUGUAAAUUUUAAAAUUUUCAUUUUGGCAAUGAAGUUAUUGCCAAGAAAUGUAUGAAAUGCCCUCUGAUGUCUGAAUUGAAAAGCUUUUAUUCUGUUCUUUUAACAAGAA